CUUCCGCAAGAUGUUGAGAUGUGUGAAGACUACUGCAGACAGCGCAUCAGCUUAUUAGCACCACCACAGCCAGCAGCGCCCCCACCAUCCUCCAGUUCAUUCCUCUCCCCAAACCUGCUGCAGGUAGUUUGCCAAGAACAAAGCACGCAAAGCCUACCGAUCGAUCGAUCGAUCGGAAUCGAUCUCAUGCGGCAGCUCUGCCCAUCCAUCUGAGAUCGACUGAUCGAUCGCCAGGUGUGUAUACCCGUUAAUUUCCAUGGGGGGCGACGGCAAGUUGGGCGCCGCCGAGGCCGCCGUCUGCUGCAUGUGCGGCGACCACGGCCUCCUGCCGGAGCUGUUCCGCUGCGCCGCCUGCUCCGUCCGCUCCCAGCACACGUACUGCACGGAUCGGUACCCGAAGGCGGAGGCGUACGGCACAUGCAACUGGUGCCUGAGGGCAGGGCAAGGAAGCGGCGACGGCGGCGGCGCCGUUCCUAGCCCGGUGAUAUCCACCUUCAAAGCGCCCGGGCCGGCCGCUGACCGCAUGGAUGUCCCGGCUUGCAGCGGUGGCAGUAGAUCGAUGCCGGGGAAGGUCGCGGCUCGCGGCGACUUCGCCGCGGAGUUGAACAAGCCUAUCAAGAAGCAGCAACAGCGGCGGCGGCUCCUGCUGCAGCGGUCGGCGUCUGACGUGAGCAGUGGCGUCCGUGCCAACCGCGGCGCCGGGCCGCCCUCUCCUGGCGUCGCCCGGGGAAGACCGAGGGUUCGGAGGUACAAGCUCCUGGAAGAGGUGAUCAGUAGCUAGCUUAGCGAAGCGAUACACGGUUUUGUUUUUGUUUCGUGGAGGACGCGUGCGUAUUUAAGCAUGCAUGUACGUGUAGCGGCGCUGGAGUUGUGGCUGUAUGUGAUGAUGAGUUCUGAUUCCUGUACUUGUUAACAUGAUGAGUUGCUAACACUGGAAAAAUAAUGUGCAAUAGCGUAUAGAGAAUUGUCUCACUAAAUAAAUCAGUAUACAAUGUCUUGUUAAUGUCACUCUAUAGUGCACUAUAGCACGCUAAUAAUAUAAUUUAAAGGGUGUCGCUAUUUUAUA